AUGCUCUGUCAAGACUCCGAGAUCAUCAUUGUCGGUGGUGGCGUGUUCGGACUGAGCACAUCGCUCUGGCUGGCCCGCGCGGGCUACAGGAACAUCACAAUUUAUGAUCGGUGCCCAUUCGAUAAGAACUUUUACAAUCCUUCUAAUGGUUGUGAUGGUGCUUCCGCCGACAUAAACAAGGUGUUUCGUAUGGCCUAUGCGGACAACGUCGAAUAUCAACAGCUGGCAAUAGAAGCCAGAGAUAUCUGGCAAGAAUGGACCGACAAAGUCAUGAGAAGUUCGGCAGCCGAGCUUCCUGAUGGUCUCACCCCGGAGGAUAAGCUGCUACAUGUCUGCGGAAGUUAUUUCCUCGGUGAAGGGACGGUGCUCCCGGACUACUACAAAGAAAGUCUGGCGAUGAUGGAGAAAACAGCGCCCGAGUUUCGAAAGAUGCAGUUUCUAAAGGUGGGCAAGGAUAACGCUGCAGAAGAAGAACGACUGAGGAAAAUUAGUGAAAAGUGGCUGGAGAAAUAUCAUAUAAUCGAUGGUAUUAACAAGGGUAACACCAAUGGGUUUAUUGACAUUCAGGGGGGAAUUACCAUCGCAGACAAGGCCUGUGUCUAUGCCAGGUUCCUGUGCGAACAAGCCGGCAUCAAAUUUGUCCUUGGAGACCCCCAGGGAAAGCUUUCUAACCUCAUAAUUGAAGAAAAUGGUGCGCAGAAAAGAGUCAAGGGUAUUAAGACAUACGACGGCCUAUUUCACUUUGGCGACCUGGUCAUUGUUGCUGCCGGGAGUUGGUCUGCAUCUAUUAUACCCGAGGCCCAUCUAACAGUGGAGGCGACUGCAGGAACGGUCAUGUUCAUUGACAUCCCGAAGGAGAGGCAAGAUUUGUGGAAGAAAUUCCAUUCAGAUAACUACCCCGUUUGGUCUUACCGCAGGGGUGAGGGAGAAAACUACUACCAAGGUGGUGGCUUUCCAAUCUCGAAAGAAGGUCGGCUCAAGUUUGGGUUCCGUGGGCGCAAGUUCACCAAUUACCAAGACCACCCUACUCAGCAAAAUCUUCGCAUUUCUAUCCCCCGAACCAAGUAUAGCAAGAACCCAAUUGACACCGUUCCACUGUAUGGACUCUCGCGUAUGAAGGAGGUCAUCCUCCAGGGAUUUCCAGAGCUGGCAGAGUUUGGAUUCACAGACAGCCGGGUAAUUUACUUCAGCAUAAUCCCGGACAAUAAUUAUGUCAUCGACUACGUGCCCAACUAUUCCGAUUCGCUCUUCAUUUGCACUGGAGGCUCUGGCCAUGCUUUCAAAUUCCUACCCAUUCUCGGCAGGCAUGUCAAGAACCAGCUAGAGCGGGUUCCCGACCAGUUCACCACAGCAUGGAAAUGGCGCGUCGCGGAAGAAGACAAGUCAAACAACGGGCUUUUAGAAGGUGAAACAGGCCCUAGAGAGAUGUCGAUGGUUCAAAUGGCCGAUCGUCGUGAAUUCCAGAUGAAGAAGUUCAGUGGAAGUGACGAUGCGGCAGCAACGGUCGUCCCUAGUAAAAAAUCACGGCUAUAG